UUUAUAGGAAUAUUGGUGAUUAAAAACUACAAAAGCCUAACUAAUAACGCAGUGUGCCUUGUGAUCGAAGGUUGGAGACGUUGUAAAGUGAAGGGGCAAGGUGGUAGUACUGAAGCGAACGUAGUGAAGCCACGAGUGUAUAAUCAAACGAACCAAGCCAUUUGGGCCAGAAUUUAG